CGUCUGCUACAGAAGCAAAAAAGUCCCGCUGGCGUCUCAGAGAACAAAAUGAGCCAGAGGAAAACACCUGUGGUCAGAGAGGAGGAGGAGCAGCAGGUGAAGCCGUCUGCUCUGUGGAGACGACGGAGACACGCCGUGCGGGAGCUGCAGGGGCUUCAGCAGAGAGUUCGGGAUGCUGCAGAGAGCUGGUUGGAUUAUUAUCGCGUUGCUGUCGGUAUCAAGUGUCCUGACGCGGAGCGACUGGCAGGGGCCCCGCCGCGAGCCCAGCCGAGACGAACGCCACAGUCGAACGCUCUACCCUCCCCGAACUCGCCCAAACGCGCAGCGGCUGCGCCGCGGCGUGCCGGGAGAGGCAGGAGGGCUGAGCUCAGAGAGAGUCACGGACGCCACUCAGCAUCAGCAGAGAGACGUCACGACCGCCUCGUCCAGAUGCAGAGGAGACCGAAGGAAAGCAGGAAGGAGCCUCCUGUCACACAAAUCGGACCCCUUCGAAUUCAUGGCAACAUCGAACCAGGGUCUGUGACUCUCUCUCGCAGCCUUGAGCCUGAAACUCCUCCUGCCAGGUGUGGCCCUGCGGACAGGGGGCCCGCCGCUCCCUCCGUCCCUCUCGCGACGUGCCCCGCUCUGCUGAGAGCUGCCCUGCGGGGAGAGGAGCGGCGGAGGAGGUGCUGCUGCAGUGCAACGCUGAUGCCAGUGGUCACCGACCUGGAGUAUGACGCUUUCGUUACGGGCCAACCUCUCGACAGCAGGCAGAUACUGGUGAUGUGUGUCACCACACCUCAGCGGCCGGUUAACACACACGCAGCAGGCAGGUGGGAUGAUUUGGAGGAUCUCUACAGGAGGAGGAAUGAGCAGAGGACCAUGCCGUGCACCCAGUGCCAGAUGGACUCUUUUCGCCUGGUCAGGUACGAGAUGUCAGACGGGGUGGCGGGCCGCGGGCCGGAGAACGUUCUGCUGCAGCAGCGACACGGUGCCGCUCCUGGGAUGUUCCUGAUGUACCUCAAGGGGAAGCUGCUGUUUCUGGGCUACAUACGCAGAGAUGACAGCUGCUCUGCUGUGGAUCUUCAACGGCAAAUCUGCAGGACCAGGAGAGCCUCUCGACUGGGUUUGAGCCUCCCUGCUGACCACAAGCUCAGUGAUGUGGUAAAAGCUCCUGCAGCCACAGAAGCAUAGAUUGCGUCAGAGCAGAAGGAUGUGACUCCAAGAUGGCUGUCUCUGAGGAAGAAGGAAGGAGGAACUUUGCAACAUGCAUGAUUUCAUCUGCUGCUCAUUUCUGCUGAUGAACAGCAGUGACUGGACAUGUCAUGCAAAUAUCUAUUCCCUCUAAAACACUCUAUUUUGGUGUUUGCUAAUGUGCUUCCAAGACAUUUCUGUACUUUAGAGUAAAACAUGAUUAUAUUAGUUCUGCUGGGUUUUGGCUGCUGCUCAGGAAACAGCAGCAAUACUGAAUGUUGCUGCUGUAUUAGUAGAGUAGUAUUCAAGUAAACGUAAAAACUCUGGUUUUGUAAAUCCAUCCAUCUAUUUUUUUCUGCUUAUCUGGUGGUAGUGAAGUAAAACUAAACCAUAAAGUAUGUUUAUUCCUGAAAGGUACACAAGUAAAUGUAACUAGUUUCUCCCUUACUACUGAUCUGUUUAAUAGAUUUAAAGCUUCAAAAAUAGUUCUAUGUGCUUAUAGUGUUUUUUUUAAAUUCAUUCACUGU